AUGGAUAAGGGGGAUGAGGACAAUAGAAGGCAUGAAGAAAGGCAUGCAAAAAAUAAAAGUUCCGUUGAUCUUCUCUGCUGUCCAAAUGCCAAAGAAUUGCAUAAACAUAAAGAAUUGAAAACUCCAACUGCUGAUAUGGAUUCUUUAUCCAUGGAGAGGAUAAAAGAUUUGAGCCCACCUAUUAUUGAAGUCGGGGGAUUCCAAAACUUGAUUGAAGCGCAAGUAAGAGAGGUGAAAGAGAAUGUUGGGACUUUAGUUCCACUGUACCAAUGUAGCGUGGAUUCUUACAGAAGAUUUGAUGGUUCUGUCAUGUUUACUAGGGUCGCUGAGAAACACCGACACCUUCAUAAUGCGUUUGUGAAGCAGAACCCUAGCUUGUUUGAAAAAUUGCUCUCUAUGAUGCUAAAAGCUCCCAAUUGA